UUUCUUAAAUUAGUCUCUAUCCAAUCGAGCACUCACUCGCAUCGUAUUCGAAUCGAACAACAGACAUUCGCCAGAAUAACAUUGGCUUUGUUCUGUUCUGACUCAUCAAAGUGAUUUCUAAAUAAUUUUAAGUUGUUUCUAUAAGAAAAAUAAUAAUAUAAUAUAAUAAUAACAAUAAAAGUGCAAACAUGUCCGUAGUCCAAAUGACCACAGAACAACUUCAACAGUUGAUAGAAGCAGUACGAGUUGCAGCUGUAGCUGGUAAUCCCGCAGCUGCUGCAGCACCAGUAGCCGCACCAUCAAAGGGAAGCUUCACCAAUUGCAGUUCCCGUUUUGGGGGACAACGAGACCACGAUGCCGUCGAGGAGUUCAUCACCUCAAUGGAAACCUACAAAGAAAUUGAGCACAUUAACGAUGAAGACGCAUUGCGUGGUAUUUCCUUGCUGUUCUACGGCCUUGCUUCGACAUGGUGGCAAGGUGUGAAAAGAGAGGCAAAGACCUGGAAUGACGCCAUCGAACUCAUUCGCAGCCAUUUCUCACCAACCAAACCAGCAUACCAGAUCUACAUGGAGAUAUUUCAGUCGAGCCAAGAAGCUGGCACCGCUAUAGACACUUUUGUGUGCCAAAAAAGGGCGUUGUUAGCACAAUUGCCUGAAGGCCGCCACAACGAAGACACUGAGAUUGAUCUUAUUUAUGGAUUGUUACAUCUGAACUAUCGCAAACACAUUCCGCGUCAUGAUGUCAAGACAUUCAGAGAUCUGCUGGAGAAGGGUAGAGUUAUUGAGCAUAAUAACACCGAAGCUUACGAGGCUCCAGGACCAAAGCCAUCAACAGAAAGAGGAAGCGGUGGCGGUGGUAAGCGUUGUUCUCAUUGCAACUACAGAGGACACACUGUCGAAAACUGCCGCAAGAAGAGACAAGAAGAUUAAAGGUCAUCGAUUCUAGGUAUAACAUAAUAACAAUGUAGGUUAAGUUAUUGUACUGUAUUAUACAACUAUUUGCACUCACACUUGGCUUUUCAAAGUGACGUCUUAGAAGACCAGUUCGUUAGGGUUUUGAAGUGUUUUCCAGCUGCCAUUUUGGUAACUGAAAAAUGUUUUAAAAGCCUUGUGAUCUGAGUGUUUUCGAGGAAUCAUUUUGAUUUCGCCAAAAAAACUCUUAAUUAAUAAUCUGGCACAUUAACGCCAGUUUCGCGCUACGCCUUAUCAAGGAUAGCCAACAAUCUAGAUUAUGUUUCUUUUUUGAAACUUAAAGAACUUUUUAGACAACUCGCCGAAAGGCAAAAUGAAUUCCGAGUACUGAGUGGAAUCUACAGAGAGAAAGGUUUCAAGCUAUGAGCUUUUCAGAGAAUAACAGUUCGUGUGGAACUUAUAGUGAAGUUUACAAGAAGAAUGGAAUCAGUACUUUGGUAUUGAUUUCUUUCAAUCUUUUUACUUCAUUAUUUGGGCCUUAUGACAUUUAUUCUAAGCUUUGUUUAUAGUUUUGCAAUAAAUAAUUGCAUAUGUAGCUAUAGCGAUAUGGUUACAUAUAUAAUUAUUUAUUAUUGAAGCCUUUCUCGAUGUAUUGACAUCUGCGAAGUACUCACCCCCGUUUGCACAUUCGAUUUCUAACUCAUCGACUCUUGAAGGGAGGCUAUUUGGCAUUUAUGUUGAUUAAUCUCGGUUUUUCAACAUUCAUCCCAGAUAUCCAUGCCUUAGAUUUGAGAGUUGCAUUUUGGGUGUACAAAAGGGAUCCGGGGACCUUGUCCCCAAACCCCCAUUACUUCGAGAAUUUCUCUAUUGUGUUGAGGUUGACAAAUGUUUAGGAUAUUUUAGUUUGGACGAGACAGAAACUUCUUAAGGUUGGUUUUUAGAGAGAAAAAUUUAGAUGGAGCUUGCUUUUUCUAGAUUGUUUUCUUUAAAAACUAUUCUUUUCGAAUGAUUUCUGUGGAAUCCGGCUAAGGGUCCUUUAGAUUUCUCACGUUCUCAAAAUGUAUUCGAGAAAUUCUCCAAGAAAUGAAAAAAAAACUUUUUAUGCUUUGCAUAAAACAAUCAAUCAAACAAACAACCAAUUAAAUAACAAUUUGAUACAAUUUUGAAUUUUUUUAAUUCGAAAUAAACUCUUUGCAACUUAAACAUUCGCCAAAAAUUGGCUUUGUUAACGACUAUUUUAGUCUUUAUAAUGAUAAAUGAUAAUGAUAAACAUUUUUCUGGCUUCAGACGCCAG